AUGACGUUACAUUGCGCCGGAUGUGCUCCAGAUGCUCCAACAUAUGCCAACACUGAAGAGCUUGAAAUACAUAUAGCAUCGGAUCACAUCAAUUAUGUGCCGUAUGAAUGCGAGAAAUGCCGCUUCUCCAGAUUCCCAACCGAAUUCGCCCUACACAGCCAUUACAGAAACGAUCAUGGCUUGAAGGAGUUCUACUUAAUCUGUGAGACAUAUUUUUUGAACAGUUCAAAACAGGUGUCUCGAAUCCCGAAACUACAGGUGAAGUACAAGGUGACACCGGAAAGUGGUCGUAAACGACAACUUGUCAAGGAACUUCUUCAGAAAUCCUUGAACAUUUCUGACUGUAAUGCGAACGCGAAAUCAUCGAAGAGAAAACGGACAUCAGCCGUCGAAGUGGUACAAAGCGCUACGUCAGCAGUACUUUCGCCGUGUAGUUCACCCGAUCCGGAAGGUACACCUCGAACCUGUGAAUCGGAUAGAACCAUCAAACCAGAGCUUGUGAAGGUUGAUUGCAGCUCAGAGAAAAGCUGUGGCACCACAGAGAAAGAUCUUGGCCAGCAUGUUGUUGUGGCAGCAACUGGUGAAAUAACUCUCAGUAACAAUUAUCAAACUUAUGGCAAUGGCGCUUAUAGCGAGGUAGUGCCACAUGAGAGCGGUGGUUCACUUUGUCGGUUCGAUGUGGCCAUGAAACAUUUCGAUACUCAAAUGACCGCUGAUCUGCCACAAGGCAGUUUCUUCGCGACCGAAACGUCCACGCAACCGUCAACAUCGUCGCAGAAUGCUGCCAGCGGUGGCAUAUCAAAACGGAGACGUCCACCACGAACUUGUACGGAAUGCGGCUUACAGGUGACCGGACAACGCUCUUCAUUGGUCUAUCACGCCAAUUCAAAACAUCUGCGAUUGCCGCUAUUCUAUUGCCAGCCAUGCAAUAAAACAUGGACUACGAUAACAAAAUCAGAUGUGUUAAAACAUGUGAAGGCUGUGCAUCGAGGAGACGAGUCGAAGGUUAUCGACUAUCGUGCCCAGUAUGGUGAUAAAAUUCGUGAAAUGACCGACAAAUGCUUCCCGCCGAAGCAAAGAGGUGAUACACUGUAA